AUGUCUCGCAGAACAAAUGACGAAGAUAUUUUAAGUUAUUUAGAAAACAGUGACGAAGAAUUAGAUUAUUGCAGUGAUUUGUCAUUAGAUCCAUUCCACGCUAGUGAUGAAGAUGAUCCUGAUUAUGAAGUGCCUCAAGAUAAUCGACAUGAUUCAGGAAGUUCUGAUAAUGAAACAUUGGAAAAUAUAAAUAGAUUAAUUCAAUAUAGUCAGCCCCAACAAAUACACGUUGACGAGGAAUUAUUUUUACCGCAAAAUGAUUCAGACCAGAGAGAUUUUGACGACAUUCCUAUGAAUAUUGCACAGUCACCAAAUCCCAUUGAAAAUCAGGUGCCGUCGGUGUCUGCAGUUUCAGUAAGUGAACUUUCUUCUCAAAAUAGCCCUCGAAGUGAUCCACAUGAACAUUUGAAAACUAAAGAUAUGAACAACGGAUGGUGUUAUACCGUUCGUGAUCUACAACGUUUACCAUUUACUGCCGAAAAACGUUUAGGCGUCGAUGUUGAAAGUCAUUCCACUGUGGAGUCUAUUUUUUGUUAUAUCAUAGACGACGAGUUUUUGGAUAUGAUGGUGGAACAAACAAAUAUAUAUGCAGUGCAAAUUAGUUCGGACGCUGGUAGACUUGCUAGAUGGAAAGACGUGGAUUAG